UGAUGAAGAUGCCGCCUGGUUCAGGAAAAUGAGCAGAAUAACCCCGGUUGCAACAAGUCGAAGAACCAAGAGGUACCUCCAAGCCAUUGUGAGGCAAAAUGAAGGCCGCUGCAUUCACUAUGGUUGGUUCUUAUGCUUCGUCUUCCUCUAAAUAAAGGAUCUGUACCCGUAAUACAGAAAACAGCAACUAGACAAGAACUUUCAAUAACUUUGACUGGAAAGACAGUGAUAUUUUGUAUAAGACAGCAAAGUAAACAGAGAAAAUUUUGUCAAAGGUGAACAAGAUUCUUUGACCGGACCAUGUUGACUGGGAAAUGGUAUUCUGAUGGCAGCGACGUGCGUGCUCCUAUUUUUCUGCAUCAACUAGGCAAAGCAGUGCACGCGUCUUACGCAAACAUUAGUCACUGUCUGCUAACAAAGUGGGACUGGUUCUUCUCCCCGAACUUUCAUAAACAUCAUUGCCCCCAAUUUUCUUGUUCAGGGACAUUGACAAACCUCACAUUAGUUACGGUCUACUAACAAAGUUGGACAUGUUCUUUUCCUAGAACUUUCAGAAACGUCAUUGUCCCCAAUUUUCCUAUUCAGGGACAGAGAAACUUAUAUGACUUCCAAACCUCGUAUUAAUUACAAUGUAUUAACAAAGUUGGAUAGGUUUUUCUCGCAGAACUUUCAAAAAGUUCAUUUGCCCCGAAUUGUCCUGUUCAGAGUGUUAGAAACUUAUAGUCCAAGUUAAUACUAUUCAGAUUUUCACAUACAUCCGAUGUUGACAUGUAUUGACUAACAAACUGAUACUCAUCCACCGAGGAAACUCCAACCAUAGUUCCGGAAGUUUAUAAACGGCACACUGCAAAGUUUCAGUUCUGAACCCAAAACUAGACUUGCAUGUGCCAAGAACAAUCAGCUAAAGGCUGGUGAAUAGUGACCUCCACAGCCCAGCAAGUUAUUGCUCUUUGAGAAUCAAAUCAGCCCAAAAUUCACGGUUGCAUAUCAACCAGAUGGCCUGGGCAGUAGUGUUAGCCAUCCUCGUCUUAUCGGUUUUGCAUCCUUUGUUGCUGACAACAUUAGCUGAUGAAUCCGACAACAACCGAGACGCUCUGCUCUGCCUCAAGUCUCGCCUCUCCAUCACCGCAUGGAACACCACCUCACCAGAUUUCUGCAGUUGGCGCGGCGUCUCAUGCACAAGGCCAGCACAACUACCCCUUGUGGUGGCGUUGGACUUGGAGGCACAAGGCCUCGCCGGCGAAAUCCCGCUCUGCAUGUCCAACCUCACCUCGCUGGUGAGAAUCCACUUGCCGAACAACCAGCUCUCUGGUAAUCUCCCACCAGAGAUUGGCCGACUCACUGGACUCCGGUACCUCAACCUCAGCUCCAACGCGCUCAGCGGAGAGAUCCCGGAAUCGCUGUCGUUAUGCUCUAGCCUUGAGAUCUUGGCGCUGAGCAGCAACUCUGUUGGAGGUGUGAUCCCACCUCUACUCGGUACGCUUCACAACCUAUCCUCUCUGGACUUGUCCAGCAAUAAGCUUUCUGGUGAGAUUCCACCUCUACUCGGGAGCUCACCGGCUCUGGAUUCUGUCAGUCUAACCAAUAACUUUCUCGAGGGAGAAAUCCCGCUGUUUUUGGCAAAUUGUUCCUCACUUCGCUACCUUUCUCUACAAAACAACAGUCUUUCUGGGGCCAUACCGUCAGCUCUUUUCAACAGCUCAACCAUCACACAGAUACAUGUUUCGAUGAACAAUCUUUCUGGACCAAUUCCACCUUUCACAAACUUCCCUUCAAAGCUCAACUACCUCGAUUUAACAGGGAAUAGCCUAACCGGAACUGUGCCGCCCUCAGUAGGAAAUCUCACACGGCUUACCGGUCUAUUAAUUGCGCAAAACCAGUUGCAGGGAAACAUCCCAGAUUUAUCCAAGCUAUCAGGCCUGCAAUUCCUUGACCUCUCAUACAACAAUCUAUCAGGGAUAGUGCCACCGUCCAUUUACAGUUUACCUUUGCUGAGCUUUCUUGGGUUGGCCAACAAUAAUCUUCGAGGAACACUUCCUUCUGAUAUGGGGAACACUCUUUCUAACAUGAAUUCAUUGAUCAUGUCUAACAAUCAUUUUGAGGGUGAGAUUCCCGCAUCGCUAGCCAAUGCCUCCAGCAUGGAGUUCCUGUAUCUCGGCAACAAUUCGCUGAGCGGGGUGGUUCCUUCCUUCGGCUCCAUGUCGAAUUUGCAGGUUGUAAUGCUGCACUCAAAUCAGCUAGAAGCUGGAGACUGGGCAUUCUUCUCAUCCUUAGCAAAUUGUUCACAGCUGCAAAAGCUGAACUUGGGUGAAAACAAACUACGCGGGAAUUUGCCGGCUAGUUCUUUUGCAACCCUUCCCAAAAGUAUAAAUGGCUUGACUCUACAGUCAAACUACAUAUCCGGCACAAUUCCAUUGGAGAUUGGAAACCUGUCUGAAAUUUCCCUACUUUACCUUGAUAACAAUCUUUUCACAGGGCCUAUACCUUCGACUCUUGGCCAGCUAAGAAAUUUGUUUAUUCUUAACCUAUCACGGAACAAGUUCUCUGGAGAAAUUCCACCUUCCAUUGGUAACUUGAAUCAGCUGACGGAAUUUUAUUUACAAGAAAAUGAAUUAAGUGGAAGCAUACCUACAAGUUUAGCUGGCUGCCAGAAAUUGGUAGCACUAAACCUUUCCAGCAAUGGCCUCAACGGGAGCAUCAACGGGCCCAUGUUUAGCAAGUUGAAUCAACUGAGUUGGUUGCUUGACCUAUCACAUAACCAGUUCACAGACUCCAUACCUCCAGAAAUUGGUAGCUUGAUAAACCUUGGUUCCUUGAACCUUUCGCACAACAAACUCACAGGCAAAAUCCCAUCCGCACUUGGUGAAUGUAUCCGGUUGGAAGCACUGCACUUAGACGGGAACCUCCUAGAAGGAAGCAUUCCACAGUCAUUGGCAAACCUCAAGGGUGUCAAAGCAUUAGAUUUCUCCCAAAACAAUUUAUCCGGUACAAUACCAGAAUUCCUUGAGACGUUUACUUCGCUGCAAUACCUAAAUAUGUCCUUCAAUAAUUUUGAGGGGCCAGUUCCGAUAGGUGGAGCCUUUGCUAACAGAAGUAGUGUUUCUGUCCAAGGAAAUGCACUUCUUUGUUCAAAUGUUCAACUCAACGAUUUGCCCAGGUGCUCCACCUCGGCAUCUCAGAGAAAGCACAAGUUCAUUGUUCCAUUGUUGGCAGCUCUGUCAGCUGUUGUUGCAUUGGCCUUGAUCUUAGGGCUGGUUUUCCUGGUUUUCCAUAUUUUGAGAAAGAAGAGGCGGAGAUCAAGUCAGUCCAUUGACCACACAUACACGGAGUUUAAAAGGCUAACAUACAAUGAUGUAAGCAAAGCAACAAAUGGCUUUUCUCCAACCAAUAUAGUUGGUUCUGGGCAAUUCGGGAUAGUGUAUAAAGGUCAGUUGGAUGGAAAAGACAGCUCAGUUGCUGUCAAAGUGUUCAAACUUAAUCAGUAUGGUGCAUUGGAUAGCUUUAUUGCUGAGUGCAAAGCUUUGCGGAACAUCCGGCACCGAAAUCUCGUGGGUGUCAUAACUGCAUGCUCAACUUACGAUCUGAUGGGGAAUGAGUUCAAAGCUCUGGUGUUUGAAUAUAUGGCAAAUGGUAGCCUUGAAAACCGACUUCAUGCUAAGCUCCAGAAGAAUGCUGACUUGAGUUUGGGGGCAGUGAUAUGCAUAGCAGUAGACAUCGCGUCUGCUCUGGAAUACCUUCAUAACCAAUGCAUCCCACCAGUGGUUCACUGUGAUUUGAAGCCAAGCAACAUACUAUUUGAUGAUGACGAUACUGCGUAUGUCUGUGAUUUUGGGCUAGCAAGGUUAAUUCAUGGUUAUUCAUCUGAAGCUCAGAGCAACUCAACAAGCAUAUCUGGACCAAGGGGAACAAUUGGAUACAUUGCUCCUGAGUAUGGCAUGGGCAGUCAAAUCUCAACCGACGGCGACGUCUACAGUUACGGCAUCAUACUUUUAGAAAUGCUAACGGGGAAAAGACCUACGGAUGAAGCCUUCAGUAAUGGCCUUACACUCCAGAAGUAUGUGGAUGCAUCACUUUCAGAGAUUGAACACAUUCUUCACCCCAGCCUUAUGCCAAAAACUGGAGAUCAGCAUACUCUUACCCCCAAAAUAGAAGAAUACAAGCCAACUACAGUGAUGCAUAUCUGCGCUCUGCAACUCCUUAAACUUGGGCUGUUAUGCUCCGUUGAGUCACCAAAAGAUCGCCCGAGCAUGCAUGAAAUUUACAGCGAAGUAAUGGCUGUAAAAGAAGCAUUUUUCUCUAUGAACAGCUGAGAGCUACAAGCCUGCAACAGUUUCGAUAAAAUGAAUUUAGAUUUUCUGUCACAGCUAUUUUCGUUUUGGAUCUUUCUUCAUUGGAAAAUCUAGAUAGAUAAUUGCUGAAUCUUGUUAUGUUAAUUUGACUAUGCAUUGAUGUUAAAGGCCCUGAGCUGUUGUGUCAAACCAAACUUCUCUUCAGAGAUAAAAGGCUGAUAGCUAUGUUUUCCUAUUGCUUUCAUCAAUGCCAAAGCAACUUGGCCUCCCCCACACAAACUGUGUUGGGCGGACAGUAAUCAAUAUUUCCAGCUGAAAUCUCUGCUUUUUUCUUUUGCCGGGGAAAAUCUCUGCAUUGGUGUUGGAAGUUUCUUCCUUUGUAAUCAGAAAUCUCUCAAUCUGCCUCCUGCUAACUAGCUAACAUUCAUGUAUGAUGUGUCAAGUUUGGAGCUACUAGUACUAGUAGAGAUUGCAACGAAGCCCAAUCUUUUGGGACCGAGACGACAAGUCCGAUUAAUCCCGGUUGAAUCAAAUUUGAAGCAAAAAUUGUACAAAAUCGAUACGGUAAUUUUGGUAUUUAACACGGGAAUAACAGGACUAGAAAAGAAGACAGCAAACCCUAGGU